AUGGCACAUAGAAUACCAAGUCGUUCCUCACUUGGUGGUAAUCGUUCUGGACAAGAAGCAAAUAAUAGUAAUAUUAAAUUAAAAUCAGUAGAGAAUGACCUCAUCUCUCGGAGGGGUAGUAAACAAUUAAAUAGACCUAAAAGCACCAUAUCUAAGGUUUCUGUAGGAAGUGAAAGAAUGAGAGAAGGUGCUAUACAACGAAUCGAAUCUACAGUAUUUCUCUUUAUUAAUGCUUUAAAACUAGAAAAACCAAUUCCUAGGUUUAUUUACUUUUUACUUAACUGGAUAGUUAUUUGGCAAACUCUUAGUCUGGGAGUAUCAAUAGAUUUUAAUUGGGGCGAGUAUGGUCGUUAUUUAUACCAUGCUGUGGCUAUUCCCCGAACUUUUGGAUUCCAAUUUCUGCCCUAUGAUGCUUUCAUUGGAUUGGCUAUUGCUGUGUACAUAUUGGAAAUAAUAGCUCUAUUCACUAUUUAUCUGACAUAUAGGUCGUUCAUUAAUGGAAGUAAAUAUUGGUCAAAAAUCAAAACAACAGCUAGGAUAACAUUUGCCCUAAUGAUUAUUAUAAGUUUACCUUCAACGUAUGGAAUGAGUUCCUCAUUUUGGGAUUGCGAUUAUUCUCAAACUGAAACAAUUUCUGGAAAGGUUACAUUUACCUUGAAAAGAUUUCCAACCAUUGAGUGUUGGGGAGCUACCAAUGGAGCAAUGGCUGCCUUAUCAAUAAUAGCCAUGGUUGUACAGAUAUUUUUCACAACGUUUGCUGUAUUUAUAUUCUGUGAUACUAGUAUAUCAAAUUCAGAGAAAUUGAGAGAGCUACUUCUACAGGAAGAAACAAUUUUGAAUUGGACCACAUUUUGGAGGGAAUUCAAAAGAAAAGCUGACUUGUUGAAACAUUUGCAAGUUAGAUUUUGGAAGAAUGUUGCCUCAGGUCAAGAUCUCUACUCUGUUACGAAACAAAUGGAAGAAACUUCUACAGAAUGCUAUCAAACGUUUGGUAAUUUAAUGGUCAAUCAUCACAAUAACAAGACUGUCCUCCGAGCAUAUGCAUCAUAUUUGGAAGAGUUUGCAUUUGAACCCCUAUUUGCCGAGGAACUAUACAAUGAGGCAAACAUUUUAGAAGAAGAAGAGGUUCUCAAAUCAAAACCUAAAUCUAAAAAGCCUAUUACAGCUCCAAAAACAAAUCUUGCAAACUUGGACGGAAAACUUGUUACCAAUCUGGAUGAUGAUGAUGCUAUCCUAGAAUCAGCUAGUCAGCAGGGAGAAAUGGAUCCAGGUGAGCGUUUAAAGGAACAAUACAGAACUGCUAUCAAUAAGAGAGAAGAAAAUAAUUUCAUUCUCAUUUUCCUUGUCUCACUAUGCGUUGUUUCAAUUAUUUACAUGAUCAUUACUUUGGCUAUGGAUUUAGCAUUCACAAAUAAGAACACAAGUAUUGUAGAAGUUAUUAAGGAAGCUUGUAUAUUAGGACCUAUUCCAUACGCUCUUCUUUCUGACAUGAGACGAAUUAAUUUACUGGAUGAUGAGAGCUUGAUUCAAAAUUCAACAAGAUUUUUCAAUGAUUACCAAGUGGCUAUAACCAAACUUGAGAAUGUUACAGGAAUUGAAUUCUUCACCAAAAAUGCCUCUAUUUCUGCUAUUGCAAACGCUUUUUCAUCUCUUACCAAUGAAAUUUCCUUAUUCAACCUUACAACAUAUUCAGAAACCUAUAGGAAUUUCUACUUUUCCAUGAUGUUCGUUAACAGAUUGUCAUUUACAAAUGCUUUUGAACUCUUUUACUCUUCAAUGAUUUCUGGUGAACUUGUGGAUUUACAAUACGAUACAAAUGUGUUUGUGAUUGUCUUUGCUACUCUUACUGCUGCCUAUUUUAUUUAUAUCCUUGUUUAUCUUGGUAUGCUGAUCUCACAUGUUGGUCAUAGAAAGCACAUCCUUAAACUGUUUUCAAAUAUUCCAAAACAAGAAGCCUCAAAAAUUAGCCAUGAAUUGGAACUUAAAACUGACAACACCAUCAUUCCACAAAAGAAUUACUUUAUUACACCAGUCAGAGGAAUUAUUAUUUUGAUUUCAAUAGCUUUAUCCAUUACUACCAUUGCCUCCGCUCUUAUCUUAUAUGAGGGUCUAACUCAAAUGAAUAGUUCAAUUCUUGUAAUGAGAAAGUUGGAAUACUCUUCAAAAGCUCUCAUGACUUCUCAAAGAAUAUUAUUCAAGAUACAAGAAUUAUUAUUAGAGGAUGCAUCAGCACUAGGUGUAAACAAGACUCAAUUCUUCCAUGAAAUUGAUGCUCAUAUUAUGGAUUUUGAACAGGGUUGGACUGCUUUAAGGUAUGGUACUGCAGAAGACUCUUUCAGUUCCCUCUCUGGAGUGACGGGUAUAAUUGAUGAGUUAUUACAAUCAUCUAAUUGCUCUUUGUCGAGUAAUUCUAGUGUUGCAAGCGAAUGUACUGGGCUUGACUCAAUUGUAGAGGACUUUGACGGCUCAGUUUUGAAGUUAAACCAAAAUGCAUUCAGGGAAACAUUUUCUAGAGAUGUAUUACUUGAUGAGCUACAGGCAGUUUAUGAUCAGAGUGUAGAGUUGUUCAAUAGUUUUUCCAUUAUUAUGAAUUCUUAUGUUUCAAACUUUUCCAAUCAGCAAAAAGUUAUUGGAGCUGUAUCUACCUCAUUGGCUUCCUUUUUCCUUUUGAUUACAGUAUUUUUGUUAUAUAGAGCAAUUAGCAGUUUUGGAAGUGAAAAUCACCAACUGAGAAUCAUGCUAAACCAUUUGCCAGUGGACAUUCUCGAUAGUGAUGGUGAUAUUCGUUCAUAUAUCAUGUAUUAUACCCUUGGAAACUCAAAGAAAAAGUCUGACAAGAAUGGACAACAAGUGAGUAAUGAAAAAGCUAUUCUUGAGGCAGCUGUUGCUGGAACAGCAGUUUGUUCUUCAUAUGGAUCAAUUGAUAUUUUCAACGAAUCUGCUCAAAAGAUGUUUGGGUACAGAUUGGAUGAAGUGAUUGGUGUGUCUUUGGCUCAAAUGUUUACUAAUGAAAGUCAGCCAUCACUUCAUAGUGUGCUUUCCAAUAUGGCAAUUUCAUCUAAAACUUAUGGUGAAAACUUGACAUUACAAGGUCAAAGAAAGAAUAAGACAACCUUCCCAGUUCAACUCAGAAUUUCAGUAUCAGUAAUUGAGGGAAGAAAUAUUAUAUCUUGUUUUAUGACAGAUUUAACAACAGAUAGAGAGCAUGAUCUCAUGUUGGCAGAAGAAAAGAAGAAGAGUGAAUCAUUACUUCUUAACAUUCUUCCAGAGUCUAUUGCACAACGACUUUCAAAUGGAGAAACAUUUAUUGCUGACAGUCACGAGGAUGUCACUUGUUUGUUCAGUGACUUGGUAGGAUUUGUUGAGGUUUCUGUACACAUGUCCGCAACUGAGCUUGUGCAAACUUUGAAUAUUAUUAUUAAUGGUUUUGAUUCUCUUGUGCCAAUUUAUCAAAUAGAAAAAAUCAAGACUAUUAGUGAGAAAUACUUUUGUGCUGGAGGUCUUAAGACUGCUUCAAGAAUGGAGUCUACAGGUAAAUCUGGAAGAAUUCAAAUCACAGAAAAGUUACACAGCAAAUUAUGUGGAAAGUAUCAAUUUGAAAAGUCUAGUGUUGUGGCAAAAGGAAAAGGAGAAAUGACCACAUAUCUAUUGAGCACUGAAUACUAUCAAAACACUUCUCCAGAUGCUAUGCCACUAGACAGUACCCUGAAAAUUAGAGCAAGAGCUAUGGGACAUCCUGUUGGUGAUGAAUUCUCUGAACAUCAUUCCGAGAGUGGUCAACAAAUGGAAGGAACAGAAGAUUUUAAAAAUAUUAAACCCUCCACACCACCUCCGACCAGUCAAACCUUGAAUCCAGUAUUAGCCACCAUAACUAAAGUUUCCUCAUUAUCUUCUCUAACUUCUGCUGCAGAAAAGGAGGAAAAGGAAUUAGUUGCUAAUGCCAAUAACAACAAUAAUAACAGUACUCCCUCCCUAAACGUUGAUCCAGUAGCUGGUUCAAAUAAUUCAACAACAACAACUGGACUUGAUUCAAUUCUUAGUAGAUCUAGAAGUUUGUCUGUUAAGGUACAGCAACCAGUAUUGCUUGAUUUAAAGAAUACAGAGAAUAAUAACUCUGGCAAUCUUAGAAGAUUCUCUCUUCCUCGAUCAGGAUCACCAAUUUCUCCAGUCGGUUCUGAAAUUAGAAAUCCAUUUAGUCCUGCCAAACAAACCAGCAACAGUAACGUGACAAGCAAUGUGACCAUACCAAACAAUACUACAAACGAAGCUACGGAAACAACUGAAGUAUCUACAACUCCACCGCCUUCAUCUUCUGUUUUAACAAAUCAACAUAUUGAACUUCCACUAUUACCAACAACUCAAUCCCUUAGUAGUAAUUCUCAAAGUAGAAAUUCAAGUAGAAGAGCUAGCGUGAGCUCAGAGUGCUCAUCUUCAUCUUCAGGCACUCUUGAGAUUAUGAAUAAGCCAGUGUUGAAUGGGAAUAUUAGAAGAUCAAUAGAGAGGCAAAAGAUUUAUGACCAAGAAACACACAGAUAUAGCGAACAAGAUUCAGAUGAUGAGAAUAAGAGUGUAUUAGAAGUUCACAAGUUAAGGCGAGCAUCUCAACCUUAUGUAAAUAUGGACCAUCAUCACAGACAUGAAAGUAAUAGUUCAUCCUCUGAAAACCAUGCACUAAAGGAAGAAGAAAAAGAGUAA